AUGUGGAUCGCGUUGGUCAACUACAUCGAAGUAAUUUCGAUUGUGUGCUCACUUCCCGUCAAUGCUUUCCUGAUGUAUUGCAUUUUCACGAAAUCGCCUAAACAGUUCGGCAGCUAUAUCUACUUGAUGGCCUGGUUUUGCGGCCACAGCAUGUUCUUCUCAAUUCUCGCCGGAGUAACGCAUAAGCACUUUCAUACUUAUCGAAGCUCAUUCAUGAUGUUCACUGCCGACAAAAUUCUUGAUCUACCAUCUUGGGGAGUUGUAGUUCUCUUGACGAUGUGUUGCAUUUCUUUCGGCUUCACCUUAUUCAUUCUAGCUCUUCAAUUCAUUUACAGAUAUUUCGCGAUGAGCAAAAUCGAAAAUCUCAUCUUUUUUCAAGGCACCUAUCGUUUUUAUUGGGUCGGUCUCGGCUUCAUUCUAGUCAUGGUUUACUCAAUAUUCGCGUUAGUGAGCAGUCAAGCUCCGGCUGCCAAAGAUUUUGAACUUCGAAAUGAAUUGGCGACAGCAUAUCACACGGCAAUUGAAAAUGUCAACUACGUAGCAGGAGAAUAUUACUUGGUUCUUUCGGCGACAAUAGUUUAUUGCGGUUAUUACACAUAUAGAGGAAUGUCUGAGAAAACUGUUCAAUUAUCCAAUCAUAUGGUCAUUCAAAAGCAAUUAUUCCGAGCUCUUCUUGUUCAAACGAUGGUCCCAACAAUUCUAAUAUUCAUUCCAGUCGUGUUCUUCUAUUUGUUUCCAAUAUUCCAAAUUCCCAUCGGUGAGAAGGCGAAUAUUCUUUCAAUAACUCUUGUGAUCUACCCAAUUGUCGAACCGUUUGGAACCCUUUUAACAAUCAAAAACUACCGCAAAACAGUCAAACAAAUUUCUGGAACUACAAAACUCAUUGAUGAGAUAUUUGAUAUAAGAUAUGACCCGAAUAUGAAGCCAUCAGAUGAGCUUACGAAUGUCGAAGUGGUCCCGAACACUUUUCUUUUGAUCUCGAUGGAUCAGCAACAAGAAACUAUAGAGUUUAUGCAAGAAUUUUUAUUGGUUUGGAAGGAUCCCCUUCUACACUGGAAUCCGACAAACGCAUCGUUCCACAAGGAUUGGGUUAAAGUUCCGAUUCGGCGAGUCUGGACCCCGGGAGUUGUGUUUACGAAUGCAAUCAAAACCGAACAAAUUAUCGAAAAUGACAAAUUAAUGGCAGAUUUGAACUAUCAAGGGGUUAUACGAGCUUCAUUUCCAGGAGUGGUGAAUGUUCCCUGCCCACUACGAAUCGAAAAUUUUCCCUAUGACAAACAGGAAUGCGAAAUCGCGAUAGGACCAUGGAACUUUGGCAACAAUUCAGUAGUUGUCUCGUCUAAAUUCCAGCAUAUUUCACCGGAGAAAGAACGAUUUGAGGGAAAUAGUGAAUGGGAGCUCACAGAAAUCAUCGCGUCUCAAUCGAAUAACUUCGAUCAUAUAUUGAAAACCGAAUUCUCCGAGAUAACGUAUACAGUCCACUUGAAACGCAAACCCGUUUAUUAUGUUCUUGUGAUCCAGGCUCCAACAUUCAUCCUAUGCACAUUGACCAUAUUCGGAGUAUUUACACCAUUCAGCAGCGAGCUCGAACGAAAAGGAAAAGUUCCAUUAUGUUUGAAUAUGUUCGCUGCGAUCUCGUUGAUGCUCAAUUUGGUCUCCGAAAUGAUGCCAAAAGCCUCGAGAUUGCCGUUGUUAGGGAACUACAUAAUAGCGGAGGUUUUUGUGGUGACCGCGGCGACUCUCGCAUCAAUUGCCAUUCACGCCACUCAUCAGUAUGUGCACACGACAGCAAUAAAACCGCCAAAAUGGCUUCGAUACCUCAUUCUGUUCGAGAUGUGCAAGCGUCGAAAAAUCAGAGACGAUCAACCAACCGGACGACAAAUCAAUGCACCGCAAUUGAUGCUCACCAAUGAAUCAUCAAGUUUUGAAUCGCUGAAGGAGUCCAUUCAACAGGCGUGUUCAUCCAAUAUGUUUUCAGUUAGAAAAAAAACAACUUGA